GGAAUGCCUAUGUCUUUUUCAGGACUGUCCUGGUGAGACUGGAAGGAUGCAGCCAUCCUGUUGUUAUGAAAGGCUUGUGUGCAGAAUGUGGCCAGGAUUUAACUCAGAUACGAAGCAAGAAUGGAAAACAGAGUGUGCCACUAUCCACAGCAACUGUAUCGAUGGUUCACAGUGUCCCAGAGCUGAAAGUCAGCUCUGAGCAAGCUGAGCAGCUGGGAAGAGAAGAUCAACAGCGACUACAUCGAAAUAGAAAACUGGUGCUCAUGGUAGAUUUGGACCAGACAUUGAUCCAUACUACAGAACAGCACUGCCAGCAAAUGUCCAAUAAGGGAAUAUUUCAUUUCCAGUUAGGUCGAGGUGAGCCUAUGUUGCACACACGUUUGCGUCCUCAUUGCAAGGAGUUCCUGGAAAAAAUUGCCAAGCUCUAUGAAUUACAUGUUUUUACUUUUGGCAGCAGACUGUAUGCACAUACAAUUGCAGGAUUUUUGGACCCUGAAAAGAAGCUUUUUUCCCAUCGGAUAUUGUCAAGGGAUGAAUGUAUCGAUCCAUUUUCUAAAACUGGGAAUCUUAGAGAUCUCUUUCCUUGUGGAGAUUCCAUGGUUUGCAUCAUUGAUGAUAGAGAGGAUGUUUGGAAGUUUGCACCCAAUUUGAUAACUGUGAAGAAAUAUGUAUACUUUCAGGGGAUAGGAGAUAUUAAUGCACCUCCUGGAUCAAGAGAAAUGCAAAUGAAGAAGAAAGCAAACAACUCUACAAAAUCUGAGGCAUUGGAUUCGACAGUGAUUUCAGCAAAAGAUGUUGAAGAAAUAAAGAAUGUUAUUUGUGUAGAAGAGCACAGUAACGGUCUCAAGAAAACUGCAAAGGACACUUGCACUGCAAAUGGGAGUACUUCUGUAAGGAGUGAAACAUCUGAUGGGGAUGUGAACUCUCAUGAUGAAGUUAAUGCCCAGAACUCCUUAAAUGAUAGUCACAAAAUGGACAGUGAGGUCACUGAUGAUUUGGCGAAUACAAAAGAUGCUCAGAUUUUUUCAGAACAAGUUGAUACAACAGUUAGAGAGAAGCAGCAAACCCAAGAGAAGACAAAUGACUUGGACUUUGAACUGUCUAGUGACAGUGAAAGUGAUGAUGGAUUGGAUACCAAAAAGUCAUCCACUUCUGUAUCAGAUAGUGAGAAUGAGGAAAAGAGAAGUUGGAAGAAAUCUGAACAACCUCCACAGGAUGAAAAUUUGCAGCAGGAGAGUUGCACUGAUGCGAGUGCAGAAAAGGAUGGUCUGGUGAACCAUUCUGAAAACACACAGUCUUUACCUAGUGAAAAUAUUCAGGACAAAAUUGAUCUUGAAGCACAAGAGGAAAGUGAACAGGAAAGCCUUUGUGAUUUAGGAAAUGGGUCUGGAGACAAGAAAGAAGCUGAAACAGAAUCUCAGAUUAGUGAACAGUCUGGAAUUACAAUGGGUGAGUCCUUAGACCAGAGCAUGGAGGAAGAAGAGGAGGACGAUGAUACAGAUGACGAUGACCAUUUAAUAUACCUCGAGGAGAUACUUGUGCGAGUUCACACUGAUUAUUACACAAAGUAUGAUAAAUACCUGAAAAAAGAGAUUGAAGAAAUUCCAGACAUCAGAAAAAUAGUACCAGAACUAAAAAGUAAAGUCUUGGCAGAUGUAACCAUAAUAUUUAGUGGACUUUACCCGACAAACUUCCCUAUUGAAAAGACACGGGAACACUAUCAUGCCACAGCACUUGGAGCUAAAAUUGUGAAGAAUCUCGUACUGGGUGCUGAUGAUCCUGAUAAGGCAACACAUCUUAUUGCUGCAAGGACAGGCACAGAAAAAGUAAGGCAAGCUCAGGACUGCAAGGAUCUCCAUGUUGUAAACCCUGAUUGGCUGUGGAGCUGCCUGGAGCGCUGGGACAAGGUUGAGGAACAGCUCUUUCCCUUAAAGGAUGACUACAUCAAAACACACAGCAAAGAGGAAGUUGGACAGCUAUCAGUUAACAGUCCCCUGCAGGAUAGUGGCAUGGCUAAAGUAACUCAAGACAAGAAGGCUCUGUUUCACCCAACACCCAUCCAUCCGAAGUCUCAACCUGGUCCUGAAGUUCGGAUUUAUGAUCCUAACACUGGAAAGCUGAUCAGGAAGGGCGCACAGACAUCUGGGCAGCCAAUGUACAUCCAGUCUCCAGCUCCUCCCAUCACCUUGCCAGUCCAUGGUGAACACUCAUCCUUCAGAGUUGUUCAGCCACAUCAACAGCAGAUGUUUGAAGAAGACGACCUACCAGCAAGUGAAAAUGAAGAGCAGCCUGGUCCAUCUAAGAGGAAACGCCAGCCAAGUAUGUCUGAAACAAUGCCCCUGUACACUCUGUGUAAAGAGGAUUUAGAGAGUAUGGAUAAAGAGGUGGAUGACAUCUUAGGAGAAGGCAGUGAUGAAAGUGAUACUGAAAAAAAAAAGCCAGAAGACAAAGGUGAAAAACCUCAGACUAGUGCAACAGAUAAUCUAGGGAGGAAGGCUGAUCAGAGACCUGGAUCAUCAUCAUCGUCAUCAAGUGAAAGAAGUUUAACAGGCAGUGUACCCAGGGGUCACAAGCGCAAACUGGAUGAAGAUGAUGCUGCCAGUGAAUCCAGUAAAGAAUCCAGCAAUGAAGAUGAGGAAGGAAGCAGUUCUGAAGCAGAUGAAAUGGCAGCAGCACUUGAAGCUGAGUUGAACGACUUCAUGUGAGAUUCAUGCAGAACACAGAAUUUGUAAUUUUAUUUUACUUCUCAUAAGCAGAUUGGACUUCAGAUGAGCCCCUUAUGUCAGUACUCAAUGUUUUUCCAAAAUGUGUGUGUAUAUUUUGCAAAGCAACUCAAGAGGUGAUACAUUAUUUUACAAAAUCAGAAAUAGAUGUUUUUAAGUUGUUUUACUAAAGGAAUAUAUACUUUUUUAAGCAAAAAAAAAAAUAAAAUAAAAGUAUUAAAUGGGACAUGGUGUGCUAUGCCAAAGACAUGUUAGGAGCUCUGCAGAACUUUCAUGUAUGGGACAGUGGUACAAAGAUUUGUGAUUAAACAUACAUUGGUUUCUAAAAAUACUGUAGGCUGUGGUUUAUGGGUUACAAUCUUCAAAAAAAGGAGGAGAUAAAGGAGAUGGAAUUGUCUGGGUAGUACAGCAGGAAUCUGACAAACUGGUCAUCCUCUUCCACAAAUAAAGGUAUCAAAUAUAAAAGGAUUUUUGAAAUAAAAAAUUACUAUUUAUAUUUGUAUAGAAACAGAGAAUGUGAUAUGCAAGCUUUGUGAUUUCUGCACUUGACCCACUUGUCAUUUGCUUAUAAGAGAAUACAUAGUGGUCAACGUUCAUGGUUUUAGGUUACUUUGUUGAAUAGUUGGGUUUUUUUAGAGACAUCGUUUAGAUUUUUAACUUUUCUUCUCUGUAAGCAGAAAUUUAGCACAGCAGACUAUGUGGUCCUGUACUGCCACAAGAUGCAUAUUCAUUCACCCAUUCGUGUUGUCUUGGAAAGAACAAGUGCUACUUCAGUCUAAUAGAAUUUAAUUUCUUUGACAAGAAAUCUGAUGUAAAGUUUUUGUAUAUUCUAUUUCAUAUUUGACCCACAAAACAGAUUUUCUUUCAUUUAAUAAAGGUUCAUUUUGUA